GCGUGACCGCGCUAAAGAAAUAAAUAAUUUAAAGAUCAUCAACUUUGGCAAGAUUUUAAUAUCGGAAUGAAAAAACCCUUUAUACAUCCGUAGUAAAAUUGUUGCUAAUUGCUCAAUAUUACUAUAGUCUACAUACCGUUCCAGUUCUAGAAGCAGUCUACAGCUCUGACUCAUUUAAUUGAAAAUCAUUAAUGAUUUCCAGAGAGAAUACUAUAAGAAUCGUGCAUUGCAGGGACACCACAAAUGCUUUAUAGAGGACCAUGUAAGCCCAUAAAUGUUUGGGAAGAACACAAGAGCCAUAGAGCUAGGGAAAUAUGGAACAUUGCCUCUUAAUGUUUUCUAGGGCCAAGAAGUUUCCAGGAUACGCUAAAACGAUUUCCAUUUUUCUUGUAAGGGAUGUGUGUCCGAGACUGCUACUGCUUUGGGUUGGGCAUACCUUGAAAGCCCUGGUAUAGCAUAUUAGAGCGAUCUUGCCGGAAAAGAUUUUGGAAUUUUUUGAAAAUGUGGCAACUAUGCGGAAUCUGUUCACAGAAAUUAGGUCUCCGUGUAUAUCUAGGUCUGUGACAAUCAGCUGUUAUAUCUCUGAUAUAACCCCCAAAUUUGAAUUUUUUAAAAACACGUGAGUGAACAGUUUCACCGCCAUGGACUAUUUUCAAAGCUAUGCAGACUUGGAGGUUCACAAGUGUAUGCUAGAGGACUCGGCUCGGAACUCCGCUUAUUUUCAAGCAAUACUUGGGAACAAGGACAUUUUUUCUGGACAGACGGUAUUGGAUGUCGGCGCUGGAACUGGAAUUUUGUCGGUUUUCUGCGCGCAGGCUGGAGCCAAACGUGUUUAUGCAGUUGAAGCGAGUGACACUUAUCAAAUUAGCGAAGAAAUUGUUAAAGAAAACAAAUGCGAAGAUAUAAUCAAGGUGAUACAUGGCGAUGUUGACACCGUUUCUUUACCCGAGGAUGGAAAAGUUGAUAUUAUUGUAUCGGAAUGGAUGGGCCACUUUUUACUUCACGAAGGUAUGUUAGAUUCCGUCAUUCGGGCAAGAGACAAAUUUUUACGCCCAGGUGGAUAUUUGUUUCCCGAAAACGCGACACUUUACUGUUCUCCGUGCCGGGUACCUUCACUGAAUGAGGAUUGGAAAAACGUUAGCGGUGUUUCUAUGCUUUCUUUUAGCAAACGAUUACAAAAUAACUCAUUGAGCUCGCCACUACUGUUAAAUGUAAAACCAGAACAUAUACUAUCAGAACCUGAAAUUCUGUUAUGGAUCGAUUUAAGAGAAGCUACUGUGGAUGACGUAAAUUGUAACAAAAUUCAACAUUUGGCGGUUGUAGAUAAGUCGGGAAGGUACCAAGGCAUUUGCUUGUGGUUUACUUGUUCUUUUCCAUCAUUAACUAGUGAACCAGUAGUGUUGUCCACUAGUGCCGAAGAACCUUUAACGCAUUGGAAGCAAACGGUUGUGGCGCUACCUGUAGACAUAUCUGUCGAGCGAGGUCAACCGAUUGCGUAUGAUAUAUCUAUCAGAAGAUCACCUGACAACAAUAGAAAGUAUGGUCUUGAAGUAGAAAUGUUGGAUCCAGAUGAUGUAGUACAUCCCGAAUACUGUACAUGUUUUAAAACAAGGUGUAUUUUAACUAGAGCUGUCUUGGAAAAGUAUGAAAAUGAACAAAUGCAAGAAUAAAGUAUUUUUUUAUCUGU